AUAAAUCGUUUAAAGAAGAGGGUUAGGAAUUGCGGCUAUGGUCCGCAAGCAUUUGAAGUGGAAACGGGAUUGACUAUACUUAUUGUGUGAUAUGCCAUUGAGUAGACUUUUGAAUUGGGGGUAUGGGUGGAUCCUGAAAUAGGGAUAGCAUUGCCAAGGGCACCCCCUGCGUGAGUUUCCUGUACUCUCGAAGAAGACUUCACGAGAAAGCGCAAAGAUUUCUUGCCACUUAAGUUGACCCUGAACUUCGGGGAUGGAUGGGUAUUUGAAUUUGACCCUCAAAGACCCCUUUCAGUGUCAAGGUCUUCGGCAUGUUCAGCUCAGCCUCAGAACACUCUCUUUUUAGUCUUGGACAUGGCGUCGUCCAAGAAGGUUACCCUCUCAGUGCUCAGCCGGGAGCAGUCGGAAGGAGUUGGAGCGCGGGUCCGCAGAAGCAUUGGCAGACCUGAGUUAAAAAAUCUGGAUCCAUUUUUACUGUUUGAUGAAUUUAAAGGCGGUAGACCGGGUGGAUUUCCUGAUCACCCACACCGAGGUUUUGAAACAGUGUCUUACCUCCUGGAAGGGGGCAGCAUGGCCCACGAAGACUUCUGUGGACACACUGGUCAGUUGAACCCAGGAGACCUGCAGUGGAUGACUGCUGGCCGGGGCAUCGUGCAUGCCGAGAUGCCUUGCUCAGAGGAGCCGGUCCAUGGCCUACAACUGUGGGUUAAUUUGAGGAGCUCACAGAAGAUGGUGGAGCCUCGGUACCAGGAACUGAAAAGUAGCGAAAUCCCUAAACCCAGUAAGGAUGGCGUGACCGUUACUGUGAUUUCUGGAGAAGCCCUGGGAGUCAAGUCCAAGAUUUACACUUACACACCAACUUUAUAUUUGGACUUCAAAUUGGACCAAGGAGCAAAGCAUUCCCAGUGUAUUCCUAAAGGGUGGACAAGCUUCAUUUAUACCAUAUCUGGAAAUGUGUAUAUUGGACCUGAUGACGCACAACAGAAAAUAGAACCUCAUCACACAGCUGUGCUGGGGGAAGGUGACAGUGUACAGGUGGAGAACAAGGAUCCUGAGAGAAGCCACUUCAUCCUAAUUGCUGGGGAGCCAUUAGGAGAACCAGUUGUCCGACAUGGUCCAUUCGUGAUGAACACAGAUGAAGAGAUUUCUCAGGCCAUUCUCGAUUUCAGAAAUGCAAAAAACGGCUUUGAAAGAGCCAAAACCUGGAAAUCAAAGAUUGGAAACUAGUGACAAGCACAAGGGCAGGUCUGGCUGCCUUCUAGAGUUUUGCCCUUUGUGGCAUCCACCCGUUCAAUGUGUCCAGUUUCCAAAACUGACUUCACCAGUGCUUCUAAAGAAUUCCACACUCAAGUGAUAACAUAUUUUUUCUAGCAAUGUCUGAGAUAUUUCCUUGCCCAAGCAAAUAAACCUUAUUGUUGCUUCU